GACAUGAUGGUUUAUUUUAACGGUCGCGCCCUGGUCACACUUAUUACACAAACAAAAACGGCGACUAUUUCUGCGCUUAAAUUAACUCGCUUCGCGUCAAUCCGCGUCGCCAUGCACAGCCGCAGCCUGCUGCCUGAUCCGGCUGUCUACCAGCCGGACACGCUGGACCUGAACACGGACACUCAAGCGGCGGACUACUGGUUCAACUGCUUUCGUGACAUGGUGGAGAAGUUUGCCAAGGUGGCGGCCAAGUCGCAGCCCGAGGAUCACACGGCCCUGCAGCGGGCAGAACAGUUCCAGGCAGCCUACCUCCAACAAGUGGAGGAGCACAGGCGCAACGUACCUGUCAACUGUGGCAAGACGGUCCUGGGCACCAGCGAGCUGCUCCAACUCAAUGAGACUAUGCUGCGACGGUUCGGAUUUCCGGAUCCCUGGCUCAGCCAAAAGAAACUGGAGAACGCCUCGGCUGUGGCUCGGCUCAAGCAGCGAUUGCAGGAGCUGGACGCUCUUGAAGAUGAGGACGCCAUGUGGACGGAGCUGGUGCGGGGGGUGCUGGCCGGCAACAUGUUCGACUGGGGCGCCCAGGCCAUAUCAAAUAUCCUCGAGCAGGACAGCAAUUUCGGCCUGCAUUCGGCGUUGGAUCGCAUCGAGAAGCGUCCCUGGCUGCUGGACAACCUGGACAAUUGGCUGAAGCGCCUUAAGGGCCAGCCGCACAAGUGCGCCGUCGUGUUUGUGGACAACAGUGGAGUGGAUGUGGUUUUGGGCAUACUGCCCUUCGUCAGAGGACUUCUUAAGAGAGGUACUAAGGUGCUGCUCUGCGCCAACAGUGAGCCCGCGCUGAACGAUGUCACCAGCCGGGAGUUAAGAUCGCUGCUGGACGAAUGCUCGCGGGAGUGCGAGAUCUUGGCCGAGGCCUGGUCGAAAGGACAACUCCUGGUCUACGCUAAUGGGCAGACGGGACCCUGCCUGGACAUGCGCACGCUGCCGCAGGAGCUGUGCGAGGCCAUCGCAGCCAAUGAGACUGAUCUGCUCGUAAUCGAGGGCAUGGGCCGGGCUGUGCACACGAACCUGAAUGCCCGCUUCGGAUGCGAGACCCUCAAGCUGGCCGUGAUCAAGAACAGGUGGCUGGCAAAGUACCUGGGCGGUGAGGCCAUGUUUGCUGUCAUCUGCAAGUUCGAACCGGCUGCGCCCAGCUAGUCCAGGUCCCACCUGCUGCUGCCCACCCAUUGUUAUCCCAAAAUAUCCCUUGUUGACAAGAACCCCCAGGAAGAUGAUUGCAAGCGAGGACUGUUGUUUAUUUCGAAAUUAUUGUUAUAAUCCCAAACCCAUACCCAAAAUCCAUAUAUAUCCCGAUCCCCUAGAUCUACCGAUGAGAUUUAUAAGCUUUGUGCGUGUGUACUGUGUAUAAAUCAUAUAUUGCAAGUGCUUUCGUGGUCACCUCACCCAUAUAACUGCUAUACUUUUAUUAAUUAGAAAAACAGAAAUAUAUAAUAACAAAGCCUUUUGUUUAU